CACAGCAGGAUGACUCGUAAAUUUUGCGACACGACGUAAAGCCACCGGCUCGCCCGUCUUUGCCUCAUCUUCCGCUGCUUUUAAAACAAUGCGUCCCGGAAAAAUGAAAGCAAACAAGCCCCGCGUGUCCAUCCCCAUCACGUGUGUAAUGUGAAACGAUGCUGCGGUCGGCUGGGACUCAAACUCCGGCGGUUUUUGGUGAGGAGGAAGACGUCGUAGUGUUGCGUGAGCGAACCUUUGCUGAGGGGACAUUGAAGCGGACUCUGGGCACCUCCCUCCCGGGCCCCUGCCAGAGCCCCUCUUGGCCCCCGCAACCAAAUGAAGCCACCCCCCUCCCAGCAGGCCGCGCCCGCAGAGGACCCCGCCCGUCGCCGGGACCCCCGCGCAGUGGCCCACCCAUGCCUCUGAUCCCCAUCCCGCGGCGGGUGCGCAGCUUCCACGGCCCCCACACCACCUGCAUGCACUCGGCCUGCGGGUCGACGCACGCCUCCAAGCUGGUGCGCACCAAGUACAACAACUUUGACCUCUACCUGCGCUCCCGCUGCAUGUACAGCUUCCUGCGGUUCCUCCUCUACUUCGGCUGCAGCCUGCUGACCUCCCUGCUCUGGGUGGCGCUCUCGGCCCUCUUCUUCCUGCAGUACGUCAGCGUGCGCGUGCUCCUGCGGCUGCAGUACAAGCUGUCGGUCAUCCUGCUCUUGUUGGGGCACCGGCGCCUGGACUUUGGUGUGCUGAACGACCUGAUCAUCUACAGCAUGCAGAUCACCAUGUUUCUGGUGGGGGGCCUCGGCUGGUGCUUCAUGGUGUUCGUGGACAUGUAGCUCCGCGCCUUUGACAAACGUGGGACACGUCCUCCUGGGUCUGCCGCGGUUUCGUUGGUGGAAUGGGAAGGUCCACCUUAAGCAUGUCGUGUUGACCUCCGAGUCUUUCUGGUUCAGAGACAAAUUCAUUAAGUGUCUCUAACAACUGUGUGUACAGUCCUUUGAAAUGGUUGGUCUUGCGUAACGCGAAGAGAAGCACCUGAUGCUCGAUGUCAGUCGUGAGUCAUCCGGCCGGACCCUCGAGUCGGAACGGGGUCAGAAUCUUCUCCUUUUUGACCCUCUCAUCACAAAUUUUGAAAUAUUAAUGUAAAAUGUCAAUGUUGCAUGGCAGAGGUACUGAACAUAUGAACGAUGGGCCCCACAGCAUAUUAUUUGUUCAAAAAUGACAUGUUCUGGUUGAGAUAAUUCCGGUUAUUUCAUGUAGGGAUCCAUGUACCACAGAGUCUCUGAAACACGUGGUGAUAAAGUGACCGAACAAAGUUGUCAAACGUGUGUGUAAUGUGGUUUUGUGGGGACAGAAUCUAAAAAUAAGUGACUACACGUCAACUUUUUUUUUUUUUUUUGUAAAGUUAUUAAAUGUAGUUCCUGUC